GAAAACAUGAAGGCGUUCAUUGCUGUUCUCAUUGCUGCUCUGUGCUUUGAAGGGCUGAAUGCACAGUGCCCUGAACCAGACGGACUGCAGGAUGCUAGUGGAAACAAGCUCUGUGCACAAAUGUUUCAACACAGCAGCUAUUACUAUGACAUGAGCUGCUAUGGCAACAUUUUGGAUGUCUAUCCUGGUGAAGACUAUCCCAUCUUGACGUGGGAAUGGGACAACCGUAUCUCUUCUCUUGUGGUGGCAAAGUCCUGCAGCCUGACAGUGUGGUCUCAAAGCAAGAAGCAGGGUUCCAAGAAGACGUUUUCUGCUGGGAUAGUGUACCACCUCAAGGAAGAGAAUGAUGGCCUGUUUGGCGACUGGAACGAUUCCAUCUCAGGAUACUACUGCAUAUGCCAGAUGUGAAACAAGGCUAUAGACAGAAGCCCGUUGAACUUUAACAUUUAAUGUUAAUAGAACAAGAGAAGAGUUUACCCUGGUACAUGCAUGUUUUCGGAUGUUCGAUUACAAGUGCUAUGAUUCUGUUCAACAUCUGAAAUUGAAUUAAAUCAAAUGCUGUUUCAAGAAAGUGAUGCAGUAACUCUC